AUGUGUCCACCAUACAACCCUUACACAGCAAAUCCCAAACCCUGCACCUCUGAAAGCCCUGGCCCCUCAACCCCCCUAACCCCCAAAACCCAAUCAUCUUCAGAUAAGGAAGCCUCUGUUGCAAACAGCAGCCCUCUCCAUACCUCAGUUGGAGUGGCAUCCACUGGAUUGAACACCUCCCCCUCUGUCACACCGCCGGCAUCAGCAGCUGCCACUGCAGCUCCUCCAGUUCCCAGGCUUGCUGAUUGGCACAACGUCCCCAAGUUCUGCCAUGCACACAUGCACAUGAAUAGACAAGUCAUGAUCAUCAGUGUGGCGUACCAUGAGGUUUUCAUUUUUGGGCUGUUGCAUGCUGGGGUUUGA